AUGAAGUCAGUUGAGCAUUUGUUCGUCGUGGGCGAUGCUCGAUGGUCAAUUGACGAACGCGCAGCGAGGCAAUGGGCCGCGACGUCGCGACAGGAUGUUCCCAUCGUCAGACCUCUUUUUAGAGAGCAUACGAUCUAUUGCUAUGGGGGUAUCGAUUGGUGUAGUUGCAGUUUAUUUCCCUAUCUUCCUUCUAUGAACAGCAAGAAGCGAACGACGAGUGAUGAGAGAGCAAUUGAGGUGCAUCGCAUCGCAUCGCAUUACAUUGCAUCUCGCGGCGGUAGACUUGCUUUUGCAUACCUCAAGACAAGCCCUCUAUUGAUCCUCUCGAGAUCUCAGCUCUGCCAAAUCGCAUGCGGCUCUGAAACGGCACCUUCACACUGGCUAUCUCUAGGGGUCUACAAGAAGUCGUACUCAAUUGGAUUUACUCAAGAUUUCUACUUUAGACGCAACCGCGACGUGCGGCUAUGCGACAAUGCCCUUGUCUACUUGGUGUCGCGAUUGAACCGACUCGUCAACCCGUCUCCAUGGGGGACUACGGACCAAAUAUCGGUGAAAGCUAACAUCAGUGAGCCUCAAGGAACUCUCAAGGUUCAAACUGGUCCAGGUUUUAGUAGCGAUGUCUAUUUCUGCAACAGUGUUCUCCUGCGUGUCCAGUCACGAACAGCUCCGUCGCGGUGA